CGUGCACAUGGCUAUAUAAACAUGGCUGCGAGCAACCCAUUCCGCUAAUUAGGGGUUGUACUUUAGCAGAGAGGGGGGAAUGGGAGUGGUGUACAAGAAAAUGAACAUGAACUCUCACUAAAAGAGUGUAACAGGAGCGCCUGUCACUUUGCGCUAUAUGCAAUAAGCACUGCGUCCCAGCGCACAUUAGUAUACAUUACUUGCCAUUGGUGUUUGCUGAAGAGCUACGUAGAUUUACAAAUAUGCUGGCAGCCGGACAAUAAGGGUGCAAAGGGUGAUGCAGUGUAACCAAGGCACUGCAGCAGCUCCAGCCCUUCCCUGCCAUGGGGUUCCAGGACUUCCAUCCCUGCUCACCCAGACUUUCCCGGCUGCGCCCUCUCCUGAUCUCCCCACCAAAAGCGUUCAGACUCCAGUGAGCGUCGCUCUGGCCCCGGCCGCUCUGCUCUCCAAAGUGGCGCCAGUUCUUGUCACAAGCCAAGCCACCAAAGUCAGAGGUGGCCCCAGGAUGCCAGCCCCGCAGCAUGUUAUGGCCAGUAAGGCUCCACAAACUACAGCCAUUCAGAUCCCCGCAGGGACAGUUCUUAUUAGAAGCAGCACAGGACAACUCAUGCUGGUUUCUCAACAAACCUUGGCCCGGGUCCAAGCACAGAAUCCAGGGGCCCAGGUACUUUCAAAUCUUACAAAUUCAGCUGUCAAGACGACACCUUUAACAACGAUUUCCAUUGCACCGAAUGUUCAGAGAAGCCCUUCUCCCCUACAGACUUCAUCAUUGACAAGCAGUUUGGCUAAAGUGACGUCAUCCAUGGGUUCUAGACAGAAUGCGCCUGUUUCUUUACCUGCAGUUGUUCGGAUAUGCACACCAUCUACACCCCAGACAACAUCUGUCUCCUCCACUCAAGGAACCUCUACUGUAGUGAUUAAAGCUCCUGGCCCAGCAGUCACUGCUCUGACAAACAUUUCUUCCACUUCUGCCUCAUCAGUGUCAGCUACAGGCUCUGUAGUAAUUCCUGCUAACUCGGUUAUGGGACCUGGAACAUCAUCUAUAACUGUGUUACCCAUUAGUGCAUCUACCCCAGUAAUUACUCCUAUUACAAUCAAUACUUGCACUUCUGCUGUGAUCCCAUCAGCUAGUGUAACACCUUCAGUGUCACAAAAUCCAAUUCGAUCAUCUUUGUCUGCCUCAGUAAGGACCACUACCCCAUCCAGUAUACCAUCAGUCAAAAUUUAUGCUCCAUCUAGCACUCUAACAGCAACCUGUGGCUCAGCCAUCAAACUAAAAGCAACUAACCUUUAUAUUACAACUACUGCUGCAGGAACUUGCAGCUCAGUUACUACAUCUAAUACAAUACAAGCAUCUUCUGUAAUAACACCUGUGCUGUCUGAAAAUUGUGUACCUCAAGUAAGACCAGCUCAGGGGCAGAUAAAGGUUCUUUCAGGAGCUCCCAGUGGGGUGCCUUCCAAAACUGGACCUCCAAAAAUGGCUCAAACCACACCAACACAAAAUUCCCCAGAAAUAUUAGACAACGUGAAGAAAUGCAAGAACUUCCUUGCGACAUUAAUAAAACUGGCAUCUAGUGGGCCGCAGUCUCCAACCAUGGGGCAAAAUGUGAAGAACCUUGUCAAAAGUCUUCUAGACUCAGACAUUGAGCCGGAAGAGUUUACUGCAAAACUGUACAAAGAGUUAAAGUCUUCUCCACAGCCAUACCUAGUGCCAUUUUUAAAGAAAAGUUUACCUGCGCUUCGUCAACUGAUGCCUAAUUCGCAAGAAUUUAUUAUGCAAUGUGGGCAGCAGACUCCUCAACCUCCAGCAAAUAACUCCGUCUCUCUUGUGAAGAGUACCCCAACAUUCUCUUUGCAGGCUGGGAAGCAAAUUGGUAGCACAAUUGGUAAUGCUAAAUUCCAACAAACAACAUCAGCUACUACUAAGCCAAUUGGCACAGUGAAGACAGUGAACAUAAAACAAGUGGUGCUUCAGCAGCAGUCACCAGGAGGCAAUUUAAAGCAAGUUUCUCUUUCCCAAAACUCAACUCUUACAAUUCAAAAACCUGGAGAAAACAGGGUCUCUCUAAAUGCCCUAAUUCAAGCUAGUCACUUGCCACCAGGUUCUAUUCUAAAACAAAUCACCAUACCUGGAAACAAGGUUAUUUCUGUUCAAGCAGCCCCUCUCCACAUAAAAGAAAGUGGCACAAGUUUCAGGGAAGAAGAUGAUAUUAAUGAUGUCACUUCUAUGGCCGGUGUUAAUCUUAGUGAGGAGAGUGCCUGCAUCUUGGCUGCCAACUCAGAACUAGUUGGUGCAGUCAUUCGCUCCUGUAAAGAUGAGCCCUUUCUUUUUACCUCUGCUCUGCAAAACAGAAUCUUAGACAUUGGUAAAAGGCAUGACAUUAAGGAACUUAACUCUGAUGUUAUGAACUUGGUCUCCCAUGCGACACAGGAACGAUUACGGGGCCUUAUUGAAAAGCUGACUUUGGCAGCACAGCACAGAUCUACCAACUACAAGCAAAGUGAUCGAUAUCUAAAGUAUUCAGAUGUAAGAGCACAACUCAAGUUUCUUGAGCAGCUGGAACACUUGGAGAAACAACGAAGAAAUGAAGAGGAACGGGAAAUGCUGCUUAGAGCAGCCAAGAGUCGUUCAAAUAGGGAGGAUCCUGAGCAGCUAAGGUUAAAGCAAAAGGCCAAAGAGCUGCAGCAGAUGGAGUUAGAACAAAUACAGUAUCGGGAAGCCAACCUUACUGCUUUAGCUGCAAUUGGGCCAAGGAAGAAGAGACCAUUGGAUUCACUGUGCCUUCAUAAUGGAUGGGAUGAGACAAUUCCAUCCGGAUCCACAAUUUUUGGCCUGUCAAAAUCUUUACUUGUUCCGAGGAUAACUCGCGUUAGUCUCAGGGAUUUAAUAUUCUGCAUGGAACAAGAAAGGGAAAGUAAACAUUCAUUAUCACUAUAUCGUGCUCUCCUCAAGUGAAAUUACGUUACGUGGAUUCGCCAAGACUCUCUAAGUAUUGUUGCACUAUCCCAGAUAAUGUUUCAGGGAGUAUGAUUCAAAGAAAGCUCUUUUGUUUGCAGCAUUUUGUUUUAAUUAAACCCACUACAUAGCAACUGUGGCCUGUUUUGUAUUUGUAAAUGUCUGUAUAUUGCUUACUUCUUGUAUGUAUGGUAAAUAUAUGGCACAAACUGCAUUUGCACG